CAACAGUCACAGCAUGCAGCAGACGACACACAGGAAGUGGGGAACGUGAAGGAAUGAUUUAUCCAAGCUAAGGACAUGCUGGAAAAUAAGUUUCCAAAGCUUACAGAUUUUGAAAGCAGUAUCGGGAUCCAUAAUUGAUCUGGCCCAGUGCAAGAACAAACUACAGCAAAGGAGGAUCUAUGACAAUGGGAAGGCGAACAAAUCUCAAUUAUUUGAGAAGUCAAAGGGGCGCUACAUAUAACUUCCCCCCUGUUUGAGAAAGGGGCACAUGCCCUCAAGUUCAAUUGGCAGAUUCAAGUGUGACCAUUACCAUUCUGGACACGGUGCCAAGCCGGACAAAGAGAUACACCACGCUCGGGAUCAACAGGCCAGGGUUCAAGUGGAAUACCAAAAGUUGGACAACAGCGCUGGAUAGGACUAGGGCUAGGGAAACCCUGGGAAUAUAUAGCAUUGACGUGUUGGUGUGAGUGGUCUACAGGUGUGUCUAUUGAUAGUCCCUGGAAAUCCUCAGAUUAACAAUUUGUGAGGCUGGUGAGCUAAAACCAUCUCUGUUUUUAGUGAUGCGGGACUACAUAAGGCUGUAAACAGAUUAAACACCAGGUAGCCUGACUGAAUGUCAUCAAGGUGAUUAGAGGGACGAAGUAUGCUAAGGACUCGUGCCGUGCUACUACUGCUGCUGGGACCCCUACUACUUCAGCUUGCAGAGGGGUGUGGCAGAACUCCGGUGACUAAGCCCCAGGGAGAAGAGGACGUAACUGUGAUAACCCCCCCUGAGAACGCAGAGGAACAUCGAGAUAACUGUACAAACGAUGAGUACUUUACCCAAGGAUGCCUCAACGGGGGAAAGUGCUUCGUGGUUGUCAUCGACUCCAUAAGGUUACUUAAUUGCCACUGUCCAUCGGAUUAUAUUGGGAAAAGAUGUGAACUGUUCGACUUUCAGCCUGGUGGUCAAGAGGAGGGGAAGGACAGAAUAGCCACUGCGGGAGUGGCGGUCCUGACUGUAGCUGGGGUCCUGUUUGUCACCGUUCUUAUUUUCAUUGCGAUAUGGAGGAAAAGGUACUUAAGAAAGAAAAGCAGCGAGAAAGCUAAAGACAAGGAAAAACUUCAUGAUCAGGAUCCAAUGAGAUCAAACGGUUCACCAUCAGAAUCUGAAAGUGCAUCAUCAACCCUAAAGAAGGAUGGUUCCAUUAACAACGAGCAGCUUGAGCCGCUACAAAACACAGUAUUUGUAGACAAAGGCAAUGGCGUACCAGUAUAGGGCAUAGGUCAGGAUCACUGUGUGACUAACUUGCACUAACCAAAACAGUAUCCAGGUACAGGGUCAGUGCCAGGAGGGACCUGUUGCUACACUGGUCAUGACUGAACUAGACUGGACAUGCAAUGUUGAUGGAAAAAAGGUCUUGUUUGAAGGUCUUUCGGACAUCUGGAGUGAUGGAUAAUUUUGUUUCUUAGUAAUAUACUCAAAUAUCACCAGACACUGACCAACUAGGAAGAGAUUGGCCAGCUCGCGUAAAAGGAAGUUUGUGGUGCUAGCAUAACCAUUAGUGUUUAUUAUUAUCAUCAGUUACCUGAUCUUAUCCAUGUGGAGGUUACCUAAUGGCAAAACAAUUAGCACUAGUCACUCAUUAGAUCAGACCAAGCAUUAGGCUUUCUUCUGUGGCAGCUUAGACAGACAGACAGAGGUCGUGUGGAGACUUCAGCUGACUUGUACUCGUGUAUCCAUAAGGCUUAGGGCUGAUGUUAGAACUAAUGUCAUGCUUUGGCAAAUGAAAUUUUGAAAAAUACAAAAAAAAAUGUAUUUAACUGUUAUGUAAAUUAAAUUAUCGAAUAGAAUUAAUUUGAUCACCAUUAAAACAAAUCUGAAUUAGCUUUGAUGAAGAAAUUUUACAAGUUAAAAUAAUGUAUGUUGACCACUCUUCUGUUAGUGCUUCCUACACAUACUGUUACAACCCAUUGGAUCAUUAUUAUCUAACUAGUGUGAUGUCAGAUAGGAUGUAGGUCUCUGCUGUCUAGUCAGCAGAAACAAUGGAUCUGUGGAUAUGUGAGAAUGGAUAGAAUGCAAUGAGUGUUUGAUUUCAUUAAGGUGUUGUUCUUUUGAAUGAAAUGGGUCACAGAUGAUGUUUGCAUGAAUGAAAUGUUGUGUACUUCUCUUAUUUUGUUAUUUGUGAUUCUUUAACACAAAGAAAUAUUUGUUUCUCAAUGAUUUUAAAAUCCAGCAAAAUGUAAGUUUAUGGCAUUUACUUACCAUGUAAACUAAACAAAUAAAUAUCAUGUUUUUUUCUAGACAGGAAAGUUCCUCUCUAUGAAAUUGUUGAAUUUGAUCUCUAUUCACAUUAUCCUACAUGAGAUAGGGGAGAUAACCCUAAAUAAAAAUAUAUCAGUAAUUUUGUCAGGUACUGUACUGUAAAAAAAUAUUAUAAAAACAUUAGAUACAUGCAUUUACAAUUUUGUUUACUUGUAAUAUUUAAAGAAAACUAAAUUGGUAUGAAUGGAUAUAAGUUAAUUAAAAAGAAAUUUAGCUUUAAUUAAUAGAGACGGCAUUGCUUAAGUUUUGCCUGGUGAUCUUCAUGAAAUCCAGUCUAUCCUUGCUUCUAAAGGAAAAUAAUACUGCGUAUGAGCCUGCUUCUGCAUGGUUCUUCUUUAAAAUGAGAAAAUAUGUUUUUAUAUGUGAAGACAGAAUCAAUUUAAUUGUGGAUACAACAUGGAGUUUGAUGAUAGGUCAUUUAUUGUGACAAUUGGUGACAAUUUUACAAUGACUCUUAAAGAAUAUAUCCGGGGUUGGCAGGUAUGUUCUGUUAUUGAAAAGUUUUUAAAUAAGGCCAAUGAUUGUUAAAUUUUAAAUAAAAGGUAAGUAUUGAAAAGUUGAUUUAAAAUUGAUAAUGAUGUAAAGGCUACAGUAUAAUGGUUGUAUGUAUGAAGCUAGUUUGUCUGUUAUUAUGGAGUAUAUGUGUGUUGUUGUAUUAUGGAACGUAUGUACAUUUUACUGUGGACCCUCGUGUGCUGGUGUCCUCUACAAGCAAUGUGAUAAUCAUGGUAUCUCAUACUUAUUUGUGCCAUUUGUUUCUUCAGUUCAGCCUUUAUUGAUAUUUGUGUGUAGGUGAUUUCAGUUACUUCUGUGUGUACAUAGUAAACUGGAAAAAGAAGUUUAUAAUUUAAAACGGUUUGCAUUUAUUGAAUACUACACAAAGACUUGUUCAUAAUAAAUAUGAACCAAUGUAAUAGAUUGUGUAUGUCCUUCCCUACCAGUUUGUUGGCUGCCCUCAGCAGUCCUAACUGAGAUGAUCUGGCAGUUCAUGUUUUUUAAUUACAAAGGAAGUCUUAACUUAUACAUAUAAAACUAUACACUGCAAUUUAUUAUGUAUUUUAUAUAUAUAAACUUGGACCAGUAUGUUUUGAAUGGCGUUUAUUAGUUAUAUCUGUAUUGUGACACACUGCUUUACCUGUGAUAAAGGCUAACAAUGACCUACUUUAUUUAAAUAACUAAAAUAAUGUGAUCAGAGGACUUUUUUGCCAGCGUAGAAUUUCUCAAAUAAAGUAUGGUAAAUGAAGUAAAUUAGCACAACAUGCAAUAUGUUUCCUGUAUGUUCUACAACAGGUGAGGCACUUCCUGUCAAUACCACCACAGGUGAGACACUUCCUGUCAAUACCACCACAGGUGAAACACCUCUGUCAAUACCAUCACAGGUAAGACACUUCCUGUCAAUACCACCACAGGUGAGACACUUCCUGUCAGUAUUAUCACAGGUGAGUCACUUCCUGUCAGUAUUACCACAGGUGAGUCACUUCCUGUCAGUAUUGCCACAGGUGAGACAAUAUUGAUCUGUACCACUACAGGUUAGGUACUUCCUGUAAAUACCACUACAAGAGAGUCACUUCCUGUCAGUAUUACCACAGAUGAGUCAAUUCCUGUCCGUAUUACCACAGGUGAGACAAUAUUGAUUUGUACCACUACAGAUGAGUCACUUCCUGUCAGUAUUACCACAGGUGAGACAAUAUUGAUCUGUACCACUACAGGUUAGACACUUCUUGUCAGUACCACUACAGGAGAGUCACUUCCUGUCAGUAUUACCACAGAUGAGUCAAUUCCUGUCAGUAUUACCACAGGUGAGACAAUAUUGAUCUAUACCGCUACAGGCGAGUCACUUCCUGUCAGUAUUACCACAGGUGAGACAUUUUUCGCCACCACUACAGAUGAGACAUCUGAUGAGUACACCAAUGGCGAGUUGGUACAUUGUCCAGUCCUCUAACAUACAUAUAUAGUCAUAAUGUAUAAUGCUAAUUUGAUAAAGUAUCACUUCCAUUGUUAAAAUCAUUUAUAGAUAUGAUUUGCAUAUAUAGAAAAUAAACCAAAGUAUAAUUAAUUUCACACGCACAAAACUUAUAUAACAUAAUUGUCACAAAUUUUGCUUUGUUUCACUACUUGUUGCAACCUAAAUUUAUGGGCACAUCAUAAAACAAAUUGGAAAUAAAGGAUACAUUUAGAAAAGAAGACAGAUUUUAUGAAAUAAAUUAACACAGGCAGGCACUUGUGUCUAAUUUGGAAUAAAAAGAAAACAGCUAAAUUUCUUUUUUUAUCCCAGAAAGCCAUCUCAUCAUAUUGACUAUGUCAUUGAACCUAUUGGUAAUAGCAGACUCUAGCCUUUAAUUUUUAACAUAUUUACAACCUCCCUGUGACAUAUCUCGAUUUCAAUGAGGUCAGAAGUAUACAGUAUUUGCUUUGUGCAUCCUAUAUUGUCCCAAGUGUUCAUACAUGUAGGUCUGACCAUCAGAAAGGAUUCUGGGUUGUUUAUCUUAUUUUUUGAAGGGUAAUCAAACUUAGUACAUUGUGUAUGUGUGUCCAUCAUAUACAGGAAAUGGAUUGUACUAAAAGUAAUCAUGCAAUUUAUGGUAUGGUAAUCUCAAACUAUGUUUUUGAAGCAUUUUCCUACAUUAUUUUAUGUAAGAUCAUCACAUUUAGUUUGUAUGAUGAAGGGAAGACAGAGAAUCACAUAACAAAAGUAGGUCACUGGAACCUUUAUUUUGACCUCUGACCUCAAUCAAAGAAAACAGUAAUUGAAGCAUUUAUCUUGCUCUGAUCGACUUCGUAUGUGGGUACAUGUAGAUGGAGUGUCAUGUGCCAAUAGUGAAUACCUAUACCAUGUAUACUUUAAAUGUACCUAUUUUAGUGGUACUCUCAUUUUAGCACUUCAGAUAAACAUAAUACUAAGUUAUGAUUGUGCCAGUCAAAGUUCCUAUGUAUUGUUCUCUAUUUCAACAUUCAUCAAUGCCCUAAUUUGUAAAAUUUAAUAAUGAGCAGAAACAAGUAUGUAACAUUAUAUUGACCUCUGACCACAAUCACAGAAAAACUGGUUGUGGAAAACUUCUGCUGUACAAUAUCAUGUGCAUGCGGGAACAAAUAACUUAGAAUACAACUUGUCACUAAGUGUGAGAUCAAACUUAAGGACAAAGUGAGUUGGUUAUGUUUUAUACAGUAGAUAUGGCCUGAACCUUAUUUUACAAAAGAGAGGUCAAAGGUCUAAAAUCAGGUCAAAUGAUCCUUUGCAAGUCCACGGUAUCUACAAAGUAGAUCAGAAGUCAAAAUACAGGUCAAAUGAUCCUGUGCAAAUCCCGGAUAUCCAAAAAGUAGGUCAGAGAUCAAAAUAUUGGUCAAAUGAUCCUGUGCAAACCCCGGAUAUCCACAAAGUAGGUCAGAGAUCAAAAUACAGGUCAAAUGAUCUUGUGCAAAUCCAGGAUAUCCACAAAGGAGGUCAGAGAUCAAAAUAUAGGUCAAAUGAUCCUGUGCAAAUCCAGGAUAUCCACAAAGUAUGUCAGAGGUCAAAAUACAGGUCAAAUGAUCUUGUGCAAAUCCAGUAUAUCCACAAAGCCAGUACUUCAAGAUGGGUUCUCCCUCAUGUUCAGUAUUUCAAAGCAAUAUGGACAUUUUGUUGUAUUACAUUCAAAACUGAUAGGAGGUAAUCUCACUGUAUUUUGAUGUGCUUUAAUAUCCAAUCCUGAAAUGCUGCUGGUCAAAGGCACAUGUAUAUUUCCUUAUUCAUUCCUAUCAAAACAUGACAAAAUCUAGUAUGUCAUUUUCUUUUGCCAAAAGUUUUCUGAAAGGAAAUAAAAUAACCGUGACAAAUGGAAACUACAUUCAUAAUGCAUAUAUCAAGAUGCAUAUUUGUAGCACAGAUGAACUGCCAUCUGAUUUUACUAUGUUAAGUUUUUAUUUCUAUUAAAAUCCUAGUAUGUGUACCUCUUAUUCAAGUACUUAUACGCAGUGUGAGUUUUAUUUUCAUUCCAUAAAUGCUUGAACCUAUUAAGUUAUAUGUAUAUUCUGAUUAUACAUCAAUAUGUCAUGUCUUUUGAAUUAUACUGAUGUAAGACUAAGUGUUAACACUUACAGAUCUGUGUUGAUGUAUGCAGCUGUAUUUGCUUUAUCCAGUGACUCUUGGUAGAAGUGAUUAACAAAAAGUCAAUUCUUGGUAGUAGUGAUUAACAAAAAGUCAAUUCUUGGUUGUAGUGAUUAAAAAAAGUCAACUCUUGGUUGUAGUGAUUAAAAAAAGUCAACCCUUGGUUGUAGUAAUUAAAAAAAGUCAACCCUUGGUUGUAGACUUAACAAGUUGGCCCUUGAUUGGAGUGAUAAUAAGUCCUCUAUCCAGUGACUCUUAUUUGUACUGACUAUUAAGUCUUGAAUCAAGCACCUGACUCAAUAUCCAUGUGAUUGAUGGUGGGUGAUAGGUCACUCAAUGAUGAUGUGAUUUUAAAAUGUUUAAAUAUCAGCACGAAAUGUGAAUUAUUUAACGGAGUCGCUGCAUAAACCGAAUGUCAGCAAGUUCAUCUGAGUUCGCCAUGACGUCUACACAGGGGCUCGUUAUCUACCUAACUGUAACCUGUAUGGUAGGAGUACACCAAGAGAAUCGUCCUUGUACACACUCAAAUAUUUAUCAAUAAACAGUAUGUUUUGU